AUGAUUGGACGACGCGCGCUCGGCGUCGCGUGCGUCGCCGCGGCGCUCGUCGCGACGCUCGGGACGUUCGCGACCGCGCGCGCGUCCGUCGUCGUGUUCGGACGCGUCGUGGGGUCGGGCGCCGCCGCGGUGGGCGCGGUGGGGUCGGGCGGCGCGGCGGCGGCGGCGGCGAGACGGGUGGCGGCGGCGGCGACGGCGGCGACGACGACGGCGACGACGGGUGGACGGCCGAGCGCGAUCGAGGGGUUCGACGUGUACGACGGCGCGUCGGCGGGACGGCCGGCGACGCGGACGUACGUGCGGCGCGAUGGGACGACGCCGCGCGUGGGGUAUCACGUGACGUGGUGCUGCGAGAACGACGUCGAACAUUUGGCGACGCGCGUUCGCGGAAUCUCGCGGGAGACCCUGGGGUUGGUGUUCGUGUCCAAGGGUAAUCGUUUGGGAUGUCGUGGUUUAAGCGCGAGCGUGCUGAAUCACACGUGGAUGUGCGCCGAGACGGAGAACGCGCAGGGACGGGAGGUGGACGCGAUGGCUUGGUUCAUGCGUCGACAGUACGACGCGCUCCCGGAGAUCGUCGUCUUCACGCACGACGAUAGAUAUUAUUUCCCGCACAUGGAGGCGUUCAUCGAGGGAUUACGAGAGCGAGACGUCGCGGGGGGCGACGUGGUGGGAUUCGUCGCGGCGCGGGCGAAGACGAUGGACGAACUCCUCGCGCGAGCUCCGGAGAAAAAAUCUCCCUCGGAGCUCACCGAAGACGCCUUCGUCUCCGAGAACGUGGUUCACGAAAAUCUACACGCGAUGUACGCGUACGUGAACACGUUCGCUCUGUUGAUCGGGACGUUUUUUGAGGUCAAGGCGAGCGCGAGCGAGCUCGAAGUGCAAAACGAGACGCACGAGUUGCCCGGUUGGCGGCUCUCCGUGAAAACGCUCGGCGACGACAUCUAUUGGCCGGUCUCCGCGAACUUUGCCGUGACGAAAACCAUGAUUCGAGGUCGCACGCCACAGUUUUGGGAAGCGGUGAUCGCGCUCGCGACGUGCGACGGAAAACUCACGUCGCACUCGUUCGAGUACACCGCCGCGCUCGAGUGGGCGCACACGUUUGAGCGCGCGUGGUUCCCGAUCGCGUUCAAUCCGAAUCUUCGCGAGAGAUCUCCCGAGGCGUACGCCGACUGCCUUCUCGACCCCAAGUCUCGAUGUUACGAAGUGCUCGACUGGGAUCGAGACGUGCGCGAGAUUAUUCGAUACGACGCCGAGCGCUUUGAGAACAUGACGAAAUACGAGUACAGGCAGGCGGCGCAAACGCGAGGCCUGCGCGUCGAGAACGAUCCUCGAGACGUCGUGAAGAGUUGCGGCGCGAACACGUGGAGCGAUCACGCGAAUCACGAGCGAGGAAAACUUGAAAUUUAG